AUGAACAAGCUAGAAGAAUCCACUUCUCCAAGGUUUACCGGACUAAAUAAUGAUCCUAGUGAAAAUGCCAGGUUUAAAAGGAAAACAACAUUCAUGGGUACUAUGCCUGCUUCAAGCAAUCAAAUAUCUAAAAAGCCAAAACAAUCUAGUUUUUUAGUACAAUGUAUGAAUAAAGAGAGAAGCAGAACACCGCCACAAACUACCCUUAAGCCUCUUACACUUCUAAAGCAUUGCUCUGACAAAAACAAGGAAUACAAUAUAUUGGCUGUUGUGCUUCAGCCCUGCCACGUUAAAAAAAUCCAAAGCAGGACAAAUUCUGGCUCAUCAUUUCCCUUGGCAACAAUUGUUGUUCAGGACCAAUCAAAUGUCAAAUGUAAAGUUCUUAUUUGGAGGACUGCUGCUUUUUGGAGCUUGGCCUUAUUCCCCGGAGAUAUCAUAAUGCUAACAAAUUUGUCAGUUUACGAAGAUAAGUGGAACAAAGAAACCUUCCUUCAAUCUAUGUUUAAUAGUCAUUUUAUAAAUCUAGGACACUGCUUUACCCUUAUCACAGAUGAAUAUGCAAAUAUUGUUGAAUAUUUUGUUCUACAGGAGCUACUGAACUACAUAUCCAAAAAGCAUUGCUACUUGAGCGAUUUUCCUUUUCAUCCUCCUCAGAAACUAGAUUGCAUACAGUAUGUAAGACUUUCUCAGCUUCAGCCAGAGGUAUUAGUUAAUUCAAUAUUAAAGGUGGUUAACAUAUCUGUUCUAAAGGAGUGCACAUAUAAUUUCAAGGGAUUGCAGCAAAAUAAAAUAAUUUUGACUGUAGAAGAAAUAAAAGGACAAAUCGGUACAUUAAUAUUGUGGGGAGCAAGUGUCUCCUGGUGUGAGCAGAUCUACAUGAAAAUAAAUCAUGUCUGGGCUUUUAAAUAUCUAUUUUGCAAAAAGAGUUUGAUUUCAGGAGAUGUGGAGUUACAUACAACACCAUGGUCAUCUUGUGAGUGCUUAUUUGAUGAUGACAAAAGAGCUGUAGAUUUUCAAAACAGAUAUUAUGAAAAUAUAUCUCAUCCAAGGAUAAUGAGUCUGAGGACAGUCACUGAAGGUAGAUAUUCAGGUGACAUUCAGAUUAAAGUCAGCAUUUCUGAAUUGGAAUUUAAUGUUGCAGGAAAUCAAAGCAUACGUGUGAACAAACAAACUUCCAUAACUAAGAUUCUGAGUUCUUUGCCUUUGGUUAUAUACACAGGAUGUGGAAAAUGCAGAAAAGAACUGACAAUAGACAUUAAUCAUGUGUAUGAGCAGUGUUUUAAUUGUUUACCUUUUAACCAAGUUAGACUUUUCUACAGGCCAGCCUUAAUGACCGUGAGAAGUGAGGCAGAUGAGAAUUUUGUCCAUGUACCGUCAGAUGUUCUUGAGAAAAUCUUCUUAAAUAUUUCCCCUAACAUAUUACACAAACUUGUUUCUGGAUUAUCAAAUGUAACUUAUGGAGCCAUUGUUGCAGACAGUUGCCACUCACUUCUGGCAAAUAAUGGAGACGCAUAUUUGCUCACAAUAAAAAGUCACUUUUCAAUUGAUGAAAAUAGUGUACCACUUGUGCAGGAAUUUAAUGUUUUGUCUUUCUUUGUUCCCGUUUGA